GUACCACCUGCAGCCUCUGUUUUUGAAAUAUGAAUAUUUCACUCUUUCUGGUUGCCCUUUGCUUGGGUAUAGCCUCAGCUGCUCUAAAACUUGAUCAAAGUUUAGAUGCACAGUGGUACCGGUGGAAGUCAACCAACAAGAGACCAUAUGGCGCGCAUGAAGAAGACUGGAGGAGAGCAGUAUGGGAGAAGAAUAUGAAGAUGAUUGAACUGCACAAUCGUGAAUACAGUGAAGGAAGACAUGGCUUCACAAUGGCCAUGAAUGCCUUUGGUGACAUGACCAAUGAAGAAUUCAGGCAGGUGAUGAAUGGCUUUCAAAACCAGAAACACAAGAAGGGGAAGAUGUUCUAUGAACCUCUCUUUCUUGAGGUGCCCAAAUCUGUGGAUUGGACUCAGAAAGGCUAUGUGACUCCUGUGAAGAAUCAGGGUCAGUGUGGUUCUUGUUGGGCCUUUAGUGCAACUGGUGCCCUAGAAGGACAGAUGUUCCGGAAAACUGGCAAACUUGUCUCACUCAGUGAGCAGAACCUGGUUGACUGCUCUCGGCCUGAAGGCAAUAAUGGCUGCAAUGGUGGCCUGAUGGAUUAUGCUUUCCAGUACGUUAAGGACAACGGAGGCCUUGAUUCAGAAGAAUCCUAUCCAUAUCUCGCAACGGACACACAUACCUGUAACUACAAGCCUGAAUAUUCUGCUGCCAAUGACACUGGCUUCGUGGACAUCCCUAAGCGGGAGAAGGCACUGAUGAAGGCAGUAGCAACUGUGGGUCCCAUCUCUGUUGCUAUUGAUGCAGGCCAUGAGUCCUUCCAGUUCUACAAAUCGGGUAUUUAUUAUGAGCCAGACUGCAGCAGCAAAGACCUGGAUCAUGGUGUUCUGUUGGUUGGCUAUGGCUUUGAAGGAAAAGAUUCAAAAAACAAUAAAUUUUGGAUUGUCAAGAACAGCUGGGGUACAAGUUGGGGCACGAAUGGCUAUGUAAAGAUGGCCAAAGACCAGAACAACCACUGUGGAAUUGCCACUGCAGCCAGCUACCCCAUGGUGUUACCUGAUGGACCGUGA